AUGGAUUCCUCGCCCAAACACAAACAGUCGUGCAACUGCAGCAAUGACAGUGACGGUGAAUCCAAAUGGGCCAGCUCUGAGGUGAAGAGAAAAGCUUCGAAAGAUGGCGGUGGCGACGAUGAUACUCUUAUCCACAGAGUGCCGGAACCAUCCACCCGUGCUCCGUUUGAUCCCGUGCCAGCAUGCAUGGUGCCGCGCCGACUGUUUGUCGCCCAAGAAGAAGAAGAAGACGCACGAGAGCAAGAUGAAGAGUCCCUUCCAAUACAUGUAAUGCGGGUGGAGAAUGAUCAGCGCCGUAGCGACGACACGCAGAGACCAAGACUUGCGGAGGCGCCCAAGCUAUGGCGCGCCAGACCUGACCCUCUUCUGCAAGAGAUGGACGAUCCCGACGGGGCCACCCAGACUUUGUCACGCGACAACAGUGGAGAAAUUCGCCUUCGAUCUUUCAGGAGAACCAAGACACCUCCUCCCCUGGAUCAUUUGAUGCUUCCACAGACUCCAUCGCGCCUGUCUCUCGGAGAGAGCGGCAACAGCAUCUCUCCUCGUCCGUUAAAGCGAGACUACAUCCAAUUCCAUGAAGGAUCUUCCUAUUAUGCGGAUCAUGGCCGUGACAGCAUGAUGGGCGCCUUGGAUGCUGGCAGUGCUAGUUGGUGGGAAAAUCAUCAGCAGGGGUUCCUAGUGGUUGCCUAUGUUACUUUGCUAUUGACAGUCGCAGGAGUUGUGGAAGUGCUGGCAUCCGUACUAUUGUUAGAGGAUAGUUCCCUGCAAAAGGCAUCAUUGACCAUCACCAACAUUCUCCACUUUUUUGUGACUUUUUUCUACUUUCAUUGGAUGAAAGGAGGCACUUGCUGUUGGCAAGAUCAUGAUGGAGACCUGGACCACUUCUUGACUUUAUGGGACCAGAUCCAAUUCAACAACCCACACACUGCACGGAUCCGACUUGCUCUGCGAGUUCUUCCCACCCUUCUCUGUUACGUUGCCUGUUUAAAAGUUGGAUUCGGUGAAAGGCCAGGUCUCUGUGCCAUUAACAUUGUAGUUUGGUACUUGACACUGUUGAGUAAGAUGCCAGGGAUGACUGGUCUUGUAGCGUGUGGAAUGAGUCCCUCAUCACACCCUGGACUGACACUGAAAGAUCGUAGUCUGAGGGCCAAGUUGCUACCAGGUUCCAGCCUGGAGUGA